CCCCGCGACUCUUCAUGUUGUUCUGACGGUUCUGUCUAAAGCAGAACAACUUGUACCAUGCACUGUUAGGAUCACUGAUUUUGCCAGUUUAAGCAAUCUACAGGAAUGGAACUCCUUCCAAUACUAGAACCAGAGGACAAGCCGCGAGAUAAACAAUGGUAUGCCCUGGUGCCCAGAGGACAAAGCCCAGGUGUCAGUGUGGGUCACACCUGUACUUUUAUACCAUCUGAUGAGGGAGGAAAGGGGAAAAUCGUCAUUGUAGGAGGCGCAAACCCAAAUGGCAGCUUUUCUGAAUCCAGUGUCAUUGACCUAGAACGUCAUGAGUGGGAUGUCCCGGACUGGCAGGGCUUGCUGGCUCGCUAUGAGCACUGCAGCUUCUCACCGGACAGCAGCCCCGGGAGCCUCUGGGUGUUUGCCGGAGCUGAACCGAGUGGGAACCGCAACUGUGUCCAGGUCCUACAGCUGUCAGACGGUGGCUCUUGGAGAACUGUGUCGGUGACUGGAGAGCCGCCCUCUCCCAGGACGUACCACACAAGCACAGCCUGCGUUGGGGACCGGCUCUUUGUGUUCUCUGGGGGAGAUGCUGGCUCCAUGCCUGUGUCUGAUCCACAACUACAUGUCUUUGAUACAGCUACAUCAACAUGGUCCCAACCUGCGACCAAAGGAAGGCCCCCCUCCCCUAGGCACGGUCACGUAGUGGUGGCGGUAGGAUCCACCAUCUUUAUCCAUGGCGGCCUCGAAGGGGACAAGUUUCACAGUGACAUGUACUCCCUCGACACAGUCACCAUGAGAUGGGAGAAGGUGAAGCCCAAGGGGGAUGUUCCCUCUGGACGAGCAGCCCAUUCUGCAGUGGCGCUGGGCAAGAACAUCUACACCUUUGGUGGCAUGACGCCAGAAGGAGCCACCAAUGCAAUGUACAAGUUCCAGACAGAUAAACAGCGAUGGACCUUGCUGAAGUUUGAAGGGGACUUGCCUCCGAACAGGCUAGACCACUCCAUGUGCGUGGCGCCCUGGCGUGUAAGGACUGAACCUACGCAGGAUGGGGAUGCAGCACAGGGCCAGAACCCAGAGGACACCCAUCUCUGUUUCAUGUUUGGGGGAAUGGACACAGAGGGAGUGAUAUUCAAUGAAUGCCUUGUCACAGUUGUGACAUAACCAAGAACUAUACAUCUGUUUAUACUUAUAUAAAAUAUAUAUAAACCAACUUAUGUAAUUCUGUGUAUAAAUAAACUGUCACCUGUUAAUAUA